AUAUGGGCUUUGGAUAUUGGGCUUGAAAAGGUUGUUACUGUAAGUUCGAGUUCUAUAUAAACCAACCCCUAUUCUCCUUCUAACAUCAGCUGUUCAACCCUAAACCCUAAUUUUGGCUUCUGCUUCUGCAACCCUCCGAUUUUCAAGGAGGUUGUGAGAAUUGUUGGUGAGUGAUUGAUAUGGCUCCUACUAAGGUGGUCAAUGCUAAAAAGGCUGAUCCCAAAGCUCAGGCCUUGAAGACGGCCAAGGCUGUAAAAUCUGGUGGCCAAGUUUUUAAGAAGAAAACCAAAAAGAUCAGGACAUCUGUUACAUUUCACAGGCCAAAGACAUUGAAGAAGGACAGGAGCCCUAAGUAUCCUCGCAUUAGCGCUCCGCCCAGAAACAAGUUGGACCAUUAUCAGAUACUUAAAUUUCCUCUAACUACGGAAUCUGCAAUGAAGAAAAUUGAGGAUAAUAAUACACUGGUUUUUAUCGUUGAUCUUCGUGCUGACAAAAAGAAAAUUAAAGAUGCUGUCAAGAAGAUGUAUGACAUUCAGGCCAAGAAAGUAAACACAUUAAUCAGGCCAGACGGAACUAAGAAAGCCUAUGUUAGGUUGACUCCAGAUUAUGAUGCCUUGGAUGUAGCCAAUAAAAUUGGUAUUAUCUAAGUUGUACUCUUGGUGAUAUAGCCUAUUUUGAGUUGAGAACAUUUUUAGGAAGUAGGUUUUUUAUACUGGCAUAAUUAUUUUCUCUGACCGAUUCCCUGCUUUCUUAGUUAAUGAUUACUAUUGUAGUAUGUCGUUAUAUAUCUCAUAUGAAAGCAGUUUUUACCUCAAAAUUGUAUUCCUUCUUAAUCCACAAGGAUUAAUUGUGAUUUUCUGCGUUACUUUUUGUACAAAUGCAGAGUUUGUUUCUCUGUUCUUACAGGAUUUAAAGUUAAAUAUUUA